GCCACUUCUUGACAUGUGUAUGUCCUUGUAGAUGAGGCAACAGGGUGAUUUGCAAUACUUUAGACCAGCUCUUUGUGUAGUAUGCAAACCAAACGCCAAAGAUGCUACAACUCUUUGUGGGAGAGUGAAUAGCUGGAUAUGUAUCAAUUUUGCAAAGAAUGCCCAAGAUAAUUUGGCUAGGGGAUUUUGUCAUGAGCUUGCUCAGAUGUGCCAGAUAUCAGGAAUGGAAUUUUCUCUAGAUCCUGUGCUUCUUCCUCUAACUGCUCAACCUGAUCAUGUUGAAAGAGCGCUUUCAACAUGCUAUCAUGAUGCAAUGACUAUACUCCAACCUCAGGGAAAGGAGCUUGAUUUGCUCAUUGUAAUAUUGCCUGAUAAUGAUGGUUCUCUUUAUGGUAUGAUGUCUUUCUUGCACUUGAUCGUGUUCGACACAACUUGAUAUUUUUGCUUGUUGACAAAUAUCAAUUGGUUGAACCUUUUAGCUUUAAUUUUUUUCCUUUUCCUUGUUCGCUUUAUUAUUAUAUGUCAUAGUUAUUACAGGUGAUCAAAAGCAGAUAUGUGAGACUGGCCUUGGUUUAGUUUCAUAAUGUUGUUUGACAAAGCAUGUUUUCAGGAUGAGUAAACAGUACCUUGCCAAUGUUGGCUACUAGAUCAAUGGAAAGGUGAGUACGUGGAAGGUGGAUAUAUUUUUCUUGUUCUGCUUUGUGUUACUAAGGCUUGAUUCAUAGGUUGGAGGAAGGGACACAGUUCUUGUCGAUGCAUUGUUAAGGCGCAUUCCUCUUGUUAGCGACCGAUCAACUAUAAUAUUUGGUGCUGACGUAACACAUCCUCAUCCUGGGGAAGAUUCUAGCCCUUCUA